AAAAUGGACCUCUUUUCCACAGUGUUAAUUCAGGGGGACUGUUUGGGGUUAUAUUAGUGGGCUAACUCUAAAUUCAGAAUGCCGGAGACUUCAAAAAUGAAUGGAUACGCGAAAACCAACGGACACAGUUAUGAUAUGGAAGAUGGAUCAGUAUUUUUGUUCACAUCGGAAUCUGUUGGCGAGGGUCAUCCAGACAAAAUGUGCGACCAAAUAAGCGACGCUAUUCUAGACGCGCACCUGAAUCAGGAUCCGGACGCAAAAGUUGCAUGUGAAACCAUAACUAAAACCGGUAUGGUGCUUUUGUGUGGCGAAAUCACAUCCAAAGCUAACGUGGAUUAUCAAAAAGUUGUGCGCGAAACGGUCAAACAUAUUGGUUAUGAUGAUUCGUCCAAAGGUUUUGAUUGGCGUACACUUAACUUAUUAGUGGCAAUUGAAGAACAAAGUCCAAAUAUUGCUGAGGGUGUGUAUCUUGACCGAGAAGAAAUAGAUAUAGGGGCUGGAGAUCAGGGCUUGAUGUUCGGUUAUGCAACAGAUGAGACAGAAGAAUGUAUGCCGUUGACCGUAGUGCUUGCACACAAACUCAAUCAGAAAAUUGCAGAGCUCAGGCGAAAUGGAGAAUUUUGGUGGGCAAGACCAGAUUCAAAAACACAGGUUACUUGCGAAUAUGUAUUUGCUGGUGGUGCAACAGUCCCACAGAGAGUUCAUACUGUAGUUGUGUCACUGCAACACUCUGAAAAGAUUACCCUAGAGACCUUGCGAGAUGAGAUCAGAGAAAAGGUCAUCAAAGAGGUUAUCCCUGCACAAUAUCUUGAUGAGAGAACUGUAAUUCACAUUAAUCCAUGUGGACUUUUUAUAAUUGGAGGACCUCAGUCAGACGCGGGCCUGACGGGACGCAAAAUCAUCGUGGACACAUAUGGCGGGUGGGGGGCGCACGGCGGGGGCGCUUUCUCUGGCAAGGACUUCACCAAGGUCGACCGCUCCGCAGCAUACGCCGCCCGAUGGGUCGCCAAGUCGCUGGUCAAGGCGGGCUUGUGCCGGCGCUGCAUGGUGCAGGUCGCCUAUGCCAUUGGUGUAGCUGAGCCAUUAUCGAUUACAGUCUUUGAUUAUGGCACUUCACAUAAGACUCAGCAACAACUGCUCUCCAUCGUACAAAAGAAUUUCGAUUUACGACCGGGCAAAAUCGUCAAAGAGUUGAACCUCAGAGCACCAAUUUAUCAGAGAACAAGUACCUAUGGACACUUUGGAAGGGCAGGAUUCCCCUGGGAGAGUCCCAAGCCGCUGAUUGUAGAAUGACUUGCAAAACCUGAGCAUUAGAACAAUGUAAAUAUUCCAUCAGUAUAUAAUAAACACUUAUGUAUGUGUGUCAUUGUAGCGAGGGCGCUGCGUCGCCGGUGUCUCUCUUUAGACUAUAAUGUGACUAGAACCUCGCCAAUGGAACUGUGAUACUAGACAAAUCUGAUGACCGUUGCAUUUACGAGGUUCAUUGUAAUUAGAUAAGUAUUCUUUAGUUUAAAAGCACAGUAAAAAACGUGGUGCCGUCAUUUCUGAAUUUGAGUUAGUUCAGGGGUUACAGCGGCAGUCCGGUUACUUUAUAUAGAGAUCCAGGAACUGUAGCAGUCAUGAAGUGACUAUCUGUGAUUAUUUUAUACACUGCCUCGGAUUUUCUUCAAUGAAUUCUAUGAUUCAAUAAUUGCAAGUGUACGUUUAUUUUGUUUUAAUGUUAAUGGACUGCCGACAAUCUCGAAUGUUCUUCGUUAUGAGCUUUAUGAUGUAAGUGCUAUGAAUUUUUUGUAGAGUAAACUACUUCUCUGGUUGCGUCACAGUGGAGCGAGUGAAUGAAAAACUGACAAAGUUCAGUUUCGCCUUCUUUCGCUUAACUGCAAAUAUAGUGCCGCACUGUAGGUUCGCCAAGUAAUUGUAGAUUAUUAAGUGUAAGUCAACUUUUAAAAUUAAAUUUUAGAACAUAAAUAUUGCAUGCUGUUUAAUAAAUUAAUACUAACUGGUAACCUGUUAUGCGGCAUAUUUGUGUUGUGUUUCCGAAAAGGAAUGAAGUGGAAAAGAGCCAUUUUGAAAACACACCGACUCCUCCAGGGUAGUAGUAGUGCACUGCAUUUACAUACUACUUUAAAUACAAUUCCGCCAUUAGGCACGUAUAGGCGUAUUUCUAACCGUAUAUUUGACAUUUAGCUGAUAAUUACUAUUUGGUAGUGCGGUUAGUGAGUCUUGUGAUUAUAUUUUUCGAUCUGUUUCAACCUUUUAAUGUUUCUUAUUAAACUUACUGUGGAUAUCAAUUUGACAGAUUGUGGAAUUUAAAACUAAUAAAUAUCUUGUCUGGCGCAUUGCCGGACAGAAACAGAA